AUGCCUAACGACAACCCUGCCUGUGCUGACUGUAAGGCCAAAAAGAAGCGGUGCAUCCACCGUAACCAACCUGUGACAAUCGCCGAGGCUGAAGUCAUCCCAGCCAGCAUGUCUCCCCCCUCCGAUCCUGCUGUUCCAACUCCUGCUCCCAGUCCUGCCCCUGCCGCUCCUGCUGCCCCCGGCGCUGCCACCCGCGGACGCCGCAAGGCCACCGAGAUCGCCGAGACCAAGCCCAAGGAGGCGAGCCCCGCUCCCGCGGACUCCAGCGACGAGCUUUCUUCUGUGCUCUCCGAGGCCGAGCAGAAGCCAGUCAAGAAAUCCACCAGGCGUAGUUGCCGUGCCAAGCCCGCCAAGUCCCAGAACGGGAUCCCUGACUUCCCCGCCGAUUCUCUUCAGGCUGCGUCCACCAUGUCCGUCCACCGUGUCUGGGCCCGUGAGCUCGAGACCAACCUCGAGGAACUUCAGAGGAACAUGCAGACCUUUGAUGAGGCUCACCGCGCUACCAUGGCCUCUGCCCAGAAUAUCCAGCGUACUGUCGAGGGCUGGAUUCAGACUUGGUCCGCCACUAGUCGUUAA